AUGGACUAUCUGACCUUAUGUCGAUUAUGCUCUCUUACUCAGCGUUACUCAUCGCUCAUAGUAUAUAAGGAGGACUCUGCAGGCCUCUGCUCUUCAGUCGUUCUCUCACAGACUGAAGACCUCUCUUUGUGCGGCUUACAGGUUCAGAAGUUCAUCAGGAAGACACUAAAGGUGCGCUUCGACGCUCUCGAAGAGGCGAUAACGGCGCACUACGUGACCCUCCCGCGCACAGCGCGCAUGGAUUGCCGCCCGCAGUACAUCGACUUCGCGCUCACGCCCGAGUGCCGUGCCAUCGCGGACGUUCCGACGUCCCAGACGGUCACUGCGGACGAUUUCGCACCUAUCAUUCCCGCACUGGCGCAGACAUGGGACGCAGACCGCAGACAGGAACUCACGGAAUACCUCCUUCCGCAUCUCGGCGACAUCGCCGCGGAUGUAGACCCGCUUGAACUCGCCAUCUCGUUUUUCAACAGGCCUGCUAAGAUUGCCGGCCGUUUCCAGCCGUGUCUAGGAGACAUCAGCACCAUGAGGUACCCCGCCAUCCUCAACCAUCAUUGUCUCACGGGGCCGAGCGCAGGAUGUUACCGCGGCUCGUCAUACUCGGUGGAUGAGUUCCUCAAAGAAGACGUAUACACCCGCACGACAAAAACCCUCGGGCACUACGCGGAUUAUGAGUCUAUGUUACUCGAAGCAGCGGAGGACACGCCGUGCUUGCGCACUCACGUUCCGUUCAAGCUGAACCGCGACGGCGACGGUCUGCAUCCUGGCGAUGUAAUCGCCAGAAUGCGGCGGAUCGUUUCUAUGGUCGGACUAGACCCUGCUCGGGCGACGUACGAAGACCUCGAACGAUGCGACGCGUGGUUUCGGUGUAUCAGUUGCGAGACAGAACACGACAGGGAGCCCAUCUUUGCGCGAUCGUGGAGCGGCGUGUACGACCACGAACUGGAACACAUCAAUGCCAGUGGAAGACUGAAAUACAUCUUGCACAGCACAGAACUCCCCCAGUGGCUGCGCGCAGACUCGGACGACGAGGUUAUGAGCAGAGUGCGAGCUUAUCAGGAGGCCAAGCUUCGGGAGACGGACUUUGGCAUUUGCUUGUGGUCAUGCUCGCUCUGCCGCACCUUCAACGCGGCUUCCCAGUACAUGGCGGAGCACCUCGACGAGAUGUGA